CUUACAAAAAACAUUCGUCUGAGGAACAAUGUCGGUUCGCGCCGUUUCCUGUCCCCGAAAAACAGAAAAAUAAGGCGAUUUUUUUCAUCAGUUGCGGUUGUAAACAAAACUAGCAAGCAGUAUAGUAGUUGAUAUUAUCUAAUUCUGCGUGAUAAGGUGAAGCAUCACCAUGAGUGUGAUAGCUCGAGGAACAACGAAAUCUGUGAAGAUAAUUUAUCCUUCUGGUUGUAAGGAAGUCACAGAGGAGCUUGGUAAAGAUGAACUUGUUAGAAGACUAAAGUUGAUAGCGAGAGCCUUCCAGGAUAUGGGCCAGGAUGACAAUGAUCAGUAUACAGGUCUUGCUCUACAUCUAGCCACAGAUUUCUUCCUGGAACACCAUAACAAGGAUGUGCGACUUCUUGUAGCUUGUUGUAUUGCCGAUGUCUUCAGGAUAUUUGCUCCAGAGGCACCCUUCAGAGAUGCCGCACAUUUAAAGGAUAUUUUCAUGUUUCUCAUCAAACAGUUGCGAGGUUUAGAAGACCCAAAUUCACCUACUUUCAAGCGUUACUUCUACCUUCUGGAGAAUUUAGCAUGGGUGAAAUCUUUCAACAUUUGUAUAGAGCUAGAUGACAAUCAGGAAAUCUUCUGCAGUCUUUUCAAACUGAUGUUUUCUGUGAUCAAUGAAAAACAUACUACAAAAGUAAAGAAUUUUAUGUUGGACAUGAUGUCACCACUGUUAACAGAAGCUGAUGUUGUAUCCCAGGAACUUUUAGAUAUACUUCUUAUCAAUGUUGUGGAGCCACAGAAGAGUCAAAACAAGCAGACAUAUGGCCUUGCCAAAGAUCUUCUUAUCAAAACAUCAAAUGCUAUAGAACCAUAUGUACAAAAUUUUUUCAACAAUGCCUUGAUGCUGGGUAAGACAUCAGAGAGUGAACUGUCUGAACAUCUAUAUGACCUGAUCUAUGAACUGAAUGCUAUCUGUCCGUCUGUAUUGUUAGCUGUACUUCCUCAACUAGAGUUUAAACUAAAGAGUAAUGAGGAGACCGAACGGAAACAGGUGACUAAAAUAUUAUCAAAGAUGUUCUCUGAUCCUGAAUCAAAUCUAGCUGACCAGAAUAAAGCACUGUGGAUCUGUUUUCUGGGCAGGUUUAAUGACAUCAGUAUAACUGUGAGGACAAUUUGUGUGCAAUCAGCUGUCAGCUUUGUUUUACAUCAUCCAGAACUUACUAAAGAUGUCAUCGAACAAGUAAAGAUUCGCCAGCAUGAUGCUGAGGAGACUGUAAGACAGGAGGUAGUGAAUACACUUCUUAAUAUUGCCAAGAAAAACUUUGCUGCAACUACACCAGAAAUGCUGGAAGUUAUUAAGGAGAGAACAAGGGAUAAAAAGUUCAAAAUAAGACGAGAUGCUUUGAAUGGUUUGGGUCAAUUGUACAAGGUUGUUACAAUGGCUGAAAGUGUCAGCCAAGAACAUCUAGACAAGAUUGUUUGGGUGAAAAAUAAAAUUUUCCAUGCAUACUACCAGCAGAACCCAGAGGACAGGUUACUUGUAGAGAGGUUAUUCAAUAUAUGCCUGGUACCGUAUCAGUUACCUGUAACAGAGAGGAUGAAACGACUGUUCCAGCUGUAUGCUACACUAGAUGAACCAGCAACAAAAGCAUUCCAUGAAAUGAUGAAGCACAGACAUAUGGUCCGAACAUGUGUAAAGUUUCUACUUGAUGGACUUGAUAAAAUGACUGCAAAUCCCAGAGAACAUGUGGUCUUCUUACCUAAACUACAACAAAUAGCAAGAACAUUACCAGACACACAGAAAUCAUUAGAGCAGGUGAAACUGUUUAAUGAGAUGAUGAGAGAUGAUCGUAGGCUGCGUUCUCUAAUGAGAUAUCUAGUUAGUGCUGACUGUAACUGUCGUAAAGCCAAUGAAAAUGUUAAAGAUGUGUUGAAUAAGAAGCUAGGGGGAGGUAAUGUAGGUAGCAGUCAAUCUGCGGUUAUGCUUUACAACACGAUAAAAUCGCUACUUGAACGUGUAGCCCCGGUCAUGGUGGACAGUAGUGCAAUAACUGUUCUAGUCAAACAUGUUGAUGAUGCUGUUACAGGACAGGGAACUAUUGCCGAUCAUAUGAGUAAAGCUGGAGAAAAAGGGGCACAACUCUUGCUGUGUUUGGCAGGUGUUUUCCCUCAGUAUUUCCAAGGGGAAGAAACUUUUGACACUCUCAUAUCAUUCCUUAAAGAUGAAGAUGAAGUUGUGGCUGAUGUUACUCUUCAAGUGUUUGCUAGCUGUGGUUUGAGUCUUGAAGCUGAAUAUCCAGAAAUCUUUGCGAAAUUAUUGCCUAUUCUGCAACACACGGCAAAGAUAGGAAACCCGAAACAAGCUAAACAUGCGUUACGGUGCAUCAAUAGUAUUGCCAAAACUAACAGAGUGUCUGCACUAUCACAAGUCUUUGAGUAUGUAAAAAAUAACUUAAAACCAGAAUCAGCUAAUUAUAUCACAUCCAUUGUUGCACUGGGACAUAUAUCAUCCAUGUGCCCGGAGGAUUUCUCACAGAGCAUGAAAACAAUUGUUUCCAAGGACAUUGUUAAAGAUCUCCUCAUGCAGGAUAGGACACAUGGUCGGCCUGUAAUGGACAGUUGGUAUGGGGAUCAUCUUGUCACAGAAGAAACCAAUGCCAAGAUCCAGGCGAUGAAGUUACUAGUCCGCUGGUUGAUCGGUUUAAAAAGUAAUGUAAACAACUCGUGUACAUCUACACUGAGAUUACUCUACACCGUCAUUGUACAUGAAGGAGAUUUGAUGGAGAAGGGACUUAUAAACAAACCAGAGUUGGCAAGGUUACGACUACAGGCUGGUUGUGCUAUCCUUAAAUUGGCAGAGGAGCCUGUGUUUGCUGACUUACUUCAGAGAGAACAGUUCCAAGCUCUUGCUUUACUUAUAAAUGACAGUUGUUAUCAUGUACGUGUGAAGUUUGCAGACAAGCUACACAAGGGCUUAUACUCCCUCAAGCUGCCUCUAGAGUUCAUGUCCAUCUUCAGCCUGGCUGCCAAUGAUCCAGUCCGUGAGAGACGCACUAGUAUCAAACGUUACAUUCAGCUUAAUAUACAGAGGCGGAGAGACUUCUUAAAACAAAAUCCAGCUCUUGGAGGUAAGAUGUUCUUGUACCUACCUGACUAUGUGAUGCCGUACACUGUUCAUUUAUUGGCACAUGAUCCAGAUCUCAAGUCAUAUGAAGAUGUUCAAGCUCUUAAAAACAUUAAAGAAUGUCUUUGGUUUAUUAUGGAACCAUUAGUUGCGCGCAGUGAGGAUUAUAAUUAUCAUUUCUUCCGGCGUCUGAUAGAGAACAUAAAACAAGCAAAGGAUGCACAGGAACCUGAAGAUGAAGAGACAAAUAAUAAACUGUAUGCUGUAUGUGACCUAGCUCUAGGUUUGUUACAGAAGAACCUCACCAAUAUUGUUCUCAAAGAUGAGAAUGUUGAUCCAGUCUUACCAUGUAAACUAUUUACUAAGCCAGAAAAGGGUGCAUUGAAUAGUGUUGUCUAUUUACCAAAGGACUUCAAUUUUGAAAAGAAAAAAGGUUUGACAGAUACAACUCAUGUAGCUCCUCAAAGCAUGAAUUAUCGUAAACGACAAGAAAAUACCACUGUGGAGACUAUCAUAGUGAAGAGUCCAGGUCCUGUAGUUAACCCAUAUCCUACAUGCCCAAAGGAACCAAAAGCUAAAAAGAAAAAGGAGGAAUCAUCACAAGAUACAGAGUCUGUUGAAUCGGAACCUACUAGUAAAAAACCGGCUAAGUCAAGAUCACGUAGUGCAACAACAGAUGAUAAAGACGAGGCCAGUGAGUCUGCCGAUAUGGACACGGCCUCAUCAGUAGGGUCUGAGUCCGGUGCUGAGUCCAAGCAGUCGGCAUCUACUAAAACUAAACCUGUCAGAGGUAGAGGGAAAAAAACUGCAGGUAAUAACAAACGUGCAGCAGCUAAAAGUUCACAAGACACAAGUGAAGUUAAUAGUGAAGAUUCACAGGAAGAUAUGGAUACAUCUCAGGAAGCGAAGGACAGUAGUUCACAAGAUUCCGAAAAUACUACUCCUCCACCUCCUAAAAAGAGGAUAUUAAAACGUACAGUAGCAGAGGCUGAAAAACUCAAAGCUCAGCAAUCUAAUAAAAAGACUACUGAUAAAUCAAGUGCAAGUGACUCCAAAGAUAAAAGUAAAGGGCAAACUGAGAAAAAGGGUGUACAGAAGAAAGGGAAAGGGGUUGUGAAUGGGGCAAAUAAGGGGGGUAAAGGUGCAAAAAGGACUGCAACACCAGAUAGUGAUUCUGAUGAAAGUGAGGAGUCAGUGUCACCAAAGAAAAGAAAGUUUAAUCUUGAAAAAGAUGCUGUUCCUGCUCCUAAACUUGGAAAGAAAGUUGCUGCUUCAAAAAAGAAGAAAGUUGAGGAGGAGGAGGAAGUUGAAGAAGUGGAGGAGGAGGAAGAAGAAGAAUCUGAGGAGUCUAACCCAUCUACGCCAAGUGAGACAUCACAAGACAGUUUUAAAGCCCCUAAUUCACCGGCACCUAAAGCUACACCAAAACGAGGGGCUGCUGCAGCCAAGGCUAAAGCAGGGGCUAAAGGAAAAGUAAAAUCUCCAUCAACAUCACCAGCAUCAUCUCCUCGUAGUUCAGCUAGCAGUAAAACUUCAUCACAAUCUCCUAAAUCAGCAGCUGAGAAAAAACAGACAGGCAAAAGUCCUAAACCUACAGCAAAAGCUACAGUCACUGUGAACAAAAAUGUGCGUCGUGCAAAACCUUUGGCAAAUGGUACAACGGGGUCAGAUACAGACACCAAGAAAGCCUCUGCACUAGCCAGAAUCAUCAAAAAAGGAACUUUAGGAAAAGAAACCAAGAAAGCCGCUGUUGCUAAAGGGAAGAAAAAAUAAAGUAUGAUUGUUCAGACAAGAUUUAUCUCGAGUUGUAAAAUAUUGUUGGUCUGAAAAACUGGCAGUGUGUACUCCUACAUCUGAAGCCAGCAGCGAAGUGUCUGCGGAGAACUUUAGUCAUUUAAAAUGUCUGACAAGGGAGAUCAUUCACAUGUUCUGGCCCCAAAGUGCUUGAAUAAGUUGUUUUAAUCAUGUACUAUUCAGGAUUUUAAAACUAGGUUAAUAGUGCAUGUGAACUGCAGACCAGCCAUUAGAUGUUUGUGUUCAUCAUUAAAUGUGUCUGUUAAAUCAGCAAUACAUAUUCUUACAUAUAUACACAUAAGUACAUAUAAUGUAGGUAUUUGUGUUAAACUUCACAGACACAGUAAAAUAAAAGAGGAAACAAAAACUAGAAGUACAAAGAAUAUAAAAUAAUAAUUUUCCUUGGUGAUCAUGCUUCUUUAAGCAAGGUGGAUAAUUAUAAAUGUCCUUGACUUGGAAGUUUAUUUCCAGAAUCUCGGAUCGUCAUGAAGAUAUUUGACCUUGACCUUUUUUGUAACGAAAAAAUCUAAUCAUGUAUCAUAAAAUUUAAGGCACUUCAUCUAUUUUGUUAAGAUUUUAAAAAGAAUCAAAUAUUACAUUAGAACAAAUGCAACGUCUCGACGAUGAGGCAUAAAAUACUUUUUUGAUUUUUUUUUUGUAACCCAUUAUUCUUUUUAUCAGAUGUCAUUGUUUUUAUUCUAUUUUUUUUGUGUGUGUACAUAUAAUAUGUUUCAUGUAAUAAUUGACUGUUUAUUAAUGUACUCAUUUAAGCUCAUUUCUUUACAUGAUCUUUUAUUUAAAAUUUUUGUGAUGAAAUUUAUUGUUUGACUCGAGUGCAGUUAAAAAAAUCAAUGUGUCACUACUGGACCAAGUCUUUUUUCAGUUGGAAAGCUGUUGUAACAGAUUUUGUGUGUAU